CAUCUGAGCACAAUGUUCACGUACACAGUCUCUGUCUCCACUGGUAAACAGGAGUUUGCUGGGACAAUUGAUCAUGUUUACCUGACGCUGACGGGCACGGAGAGAUGCAGUGACCGGACUCUGCUGGACAAAUCCUUCUUUCAACGGUUUGCAAGAGGAACGGUGAUGCCCAUCGACGUCAGUGUGAAGGAGAGGCUUGGAGACAUUGUGCUGGUGAAGCUCGAGAAGCAGAACUUGCUCAAUGAUCAGUGGUACUGUAGAUGCAUCAGUGUGACGUCACCCUCUGGAGAUCGCUUUGACUUCCCCUGUUAUCGCUGGAUCGCGAGUGAAAAUGAAGUGGUUCUUCGAGAUGGCACGGCUCGAUUGUCUCACGAGGAUAAAACCUGUUUGCUAAAUGAGCACAGACGCACGGAACUGGAAUCCAGACAACAACUGUUCAGGUGGAAGGAGUGGCAGCCUGGUUUCCCCAUGAGUAUAGAUGCCAACUCAAGCAAUGAACUUCCUAUUGACGUUCAGUUUGAAGCUAAAAAAGCUGUGGACUUCAAGGAAAACUUAAAUGAAGCGUUCAACAAUCUUCGUCUUAACAAACUUAAGAGCUUGUUCCAGUCCUCUUGGAAAGAUAUUUCAGAUUUUAAUGAAGUAUUUCUGUCAAUCAAAAACCCUGUGUCAGAAUAUGUGAUGCAGAACUGGAAAAAGGACUUCAUGUUUGGCUAUCAGUUCUUAAACGGCUGCAAUCCUGUGAUGAUCAGUAAGUGCAUGAAUCUUCCAGACAAGUUCACAGUCACACAGGAGAUGGUGAAAGGCUCCCUGGAUAGAGGUCUCACUCUACAGGAGGAGUUAAAGGCAGGGAACAUCUACAUCGCAGACUAUGCGAUACUGGAGGGAGUGCGAGCCAAUGCCACAGACCCGAAUACCCAGCAGUAUUUGGCUGCUCCCUUCUGCCUGCUGUACAAGAACAGCCAGAAUGAAAUCAUGCCGAUCGCUAUUCAGCUCAGUCGUCAGACCCCUGAUGGGGAGGCGAACACUGUCUUUCUCCCGAGCGAUAAUGACCACGACUGGAUGCUAGCCAAGAUGUGGGUGAAAUCCUCCGACUUUAAUGUACACCAGCUGGUCACACACCUUCUCAGGACACAUCUGACAUCUGAGGUUUUUGCCAUUGCCAUGUACAGACAGCUCGCUGCGGUCCAUCCGGUAUACAAGUUGCUGAUACCUCAUGUCCGUUUCACCAUUGCCAUCAACACUGCGGCUCGAGAAAAACUCAUCAGUAAAAAUGGGAUCGUUGACCAGUUUGUUAGUGCUGGUGGAACGGGAAUUGUGGAAGUGAUUCAGAAGGCCAUGAAGACUUUAACCUAUAAGUCCCUGUGCUUCCCUGAGGCCAUAAAAGCUCGAGGAGUGGAAGAUCUGCCCAACUACUACUACAGAGAUGAUGGCAUGAUGGUCUGGGAGGCAGUGAAAAGUUUUGUUUCUGAUGUGGUGAAGAUCUUCUAUAGCAGUGAUGAGACAGUUCAGAAAGACAAGGAGAUUCAAGCAUUUGUUCAGGAUGUUUGCUUCUCUGGGAUGAAGAAUUGUGAGUUUCCGGAUUCCCUGAAAACUCGGGAGCAGUUGGUCGAGUUCCUGACUGUUGUGAUUUUCACAGCUUCAGCACAACACGCUGCAGUCAACUUUGGACAGUAUGACUGGUUCUCCUGGAUCCCAAACAGCCCUUCCACCAUGCGGAAGCCCCCUCCCGCUCAGAAGGGCCAGGUGGAUAUGAAGUACAUCAUGGAGAGUCUGCCGGACCGCGGACGUUCCUCUUGGCAUCUCGGAAUAAUUUGGGCCCUCAGUCAAUUCCAGGACAACGAGAUGUUUUUAGGCGAGUAUCCAGAUAUGUACUUCACUGAACAACCGGUCAUGGGAGCCGCUAAGACUUUCCGCAAGAAAUUAGCUGAAGUGACCAAAAUCAUCAAGAGCCGAAAUGAGAAUUUGAAAGUGCCGUAUUGGUAUCUGUCUCCAGACCGAAUCCCCAACAGUGUGGCCAUCUGAGAGCACAUCGGUGGGGAAAUUAGCAAGAGCCAUUUCAAGGUUUUGUAGAAGUUUCUUUUGUAGAGUCACAAGAUGAAGUUGUGAAGCAGUAUUUUGUUUUUCCUUUGCUUGUGCUUUGGAAUAACACUUGUUGAAUUUGUACUGGUCAGAUGAAACAUGCGCAACUAAGAUUAUUCAA